AUGACCGAGGUCGAUGUGAACCCCCAAUUUGGGGCGGAAUUGAAGGAUGCAUUCAAACCGGUGAACGCUUGGGUGUCGAACGGUAUCUCGUGGUUGGAUGACAUUCAGCAAUUUUACCGGGAGAGGAGCGUUAUUGAGAGAGAGUAUGCUUCGAAGCUGUCCGCCUUAUGCAAAAAGUAUGCAGAUCGCAAGGCAAAGAAGAUCAGCAGUCUGAGUGUCGGAGAUACACCCACCAUGACCCCGGGGUCGCUCGAGUCUGCAUCUCUCACCACCUGGUCUACCCAAUUGAAUGCGGUCGAGUCGCACGCAGCAGUUCGCGACAAGUUUGGAGUUGAUCUUAUCUCUCAGUUAGCGGAUCCACUUCGACAGAUAUCCACACGAUAUGAGGAACUACGCAAAAGCCACGUGGAUUAUCAUAGCAAAUUAGAAAAGGAGCGGGAGUCAUCCUUAAGUGACCUCAAGAAGGUGAAAGGCAAAUAUGAUGGCGUGUGCCAGGAGGUUGAAAAUCGGCGCAAAAAGUCUGAAUCCUCUUUUGAUUACAAUAAAACCAAGGCUCAGGCUGCCUACCAACAGCAGCUUCUCGAGAUGAAUAAUGUCAAGAACACUUACGUCAUUAGCAUUAAUGUCGCAAACAAAUUGAAGGAUCAAUUCUACCACGAAUAUGUUCCGGAAUUACUCGAUAGUUUAGAAGAUCUCAACCACACCAGAGUUGCCAAAUUAAAUUCUUACUGGCUCCUCGCAGCUCAGUUGGAGAAAACCGCUUUCGCACAAAGCACUGAACACAUAGAUCACCUUGCAAGUGAGAUUCCGCGCAACAACCCGAAACUUGAUUCUUUGAUGUUUCUUCAGCAUAAUACCGCCCAAUCACAGGAACCGCCAAAUUUGACGUUCGAGCCUAGCCCUGUCUGGCAUGAUGAUGAGACAAUGGUGACCGACGAGUCUGCGAAAGUAUUUUUACGCAAUUUGCUCACGAAAAGUAAAGUCCAGGCUAGGGAGCUGAAACUAGAGGCAGAUAAACAGCGACGAGAAGUGGAGAACGCAAAAAAGGUUCGAGAGAAUGUCAGGCAAGGCAAAGAUAAGCGCGACGAAGUUGAGGUCGUAAAAGCGACCUUCAAUUUACAAGAGAGAUUCCACGAAGUUGACCGCAAGCGACUAACAGCAGAAGUUGAAACGUCUACUAUUAUGUCUGUGGUUGGAGACUUGUCUCUGGGAGCCAAGAGUCACAAUUUCCGGUCUCAAACGUUCAAAAUCCCGACCAACUGUGAUCUUUGUGGAGAUAGGAUAUGGGGCUUGUCUGCAAAGGGAUUUGAUUGUCGUGAUUGCGGUUAUACUUGUCACAGCAAGUGUGAAAUGAAAGUUCCAGCAGAGUGUCCGGGCGAACAAACCAAAGAAGAGAAGAAAAAGUUGAAAACCGAACGCCAAGAGCAGGCACAGACUACUCCAGCCGUCGCCGAAGGGACACCAUCAAACGGUGCAUCCGAUCUGCCUGCCUUAGACCGCAGGGAUACGAUGAACUCGCUGAGUUCAGGAUAUGCGGCCAGUGCACAUCGAUCAGUCUCGGGUUCAGUUGUGUCCAUUAAACCCGCGGCAGAAGAACCUGCAGAAGCCGCUGCGCCGAAACCGAAACCAUCAAUUUCCUCAGCAGCUUCAAAACGCAGAAUUCUUGCUCCGCCUCCCUCUCAAUACGUCAGUCCGCCUCCAGUUAUUGAGGCACCGAAAAGCAGCAAUCCAAAGGGGAAGAUGCUUUAUCCCUACCAAGCUAAUGACGACGGGGAGAUAACGGUAGAUGAAGGGCAAGAGAUUGCCGUCUUAGAACCAGACGUUCCAGAUGGCUCUGGUUGGAUGCGUGUUCGAGCCGGCUCUCAAGAGGGGCUCGUACCAACAGCCUAUGCUGAGGUUACUGCAGCUCCAUCUCCAAUACAACCAACGAGCCCGGGAUUAACGGAUCGGCCUGGUUCAACGUAUUCCAAUUCCUCGGCUUCUUUGGCCGGCAGCGUAGCUGCAAAGAAAGUGGGCCCUGCCGUGGCUCCCAGACGUGGCGCAAAGAAGCUUCAAUAUGUAGAAGCAUUAUAUGACUAUGAAGCACGAUCCGACGCCGAGUGGACCAUGUCCGAAGGCGAUCGCUUUGUAUUGGUCACUAAAGACAGCGGGGACGGCUGGGCGGAGGUUGAGAAAGGUGGCCAGGUGAAAAGUGUCCCUGCAAACUAUAUUCAAGAGGUAUAG